GAGGUUAUGUGUAUUGUGUAUCUGCCUGGAAAAAAUUGAGUAGUAUUAAUUAUUAUUUUCCUUGUAAAAGUUUGCAUAAAUUCGUAUUAAAACAUGACCAGACACGCGAGAAAUUGUACGGCUGGAGCCGUGUAUACUUACCACGAAAAAAAGAAAGAUGCCCAGGCCUCAGGCUAUGGCACAAAUUCCCUAAGAAUGGGUAAAGAUUCAGUGAAGAAUUUCGAUUGUUGCUCUCUGUGCCUUCAGCCCUGCAGAAAUCCUGUUAUAACCAAAGAUGGUCAUUUGUUUGACAAAGAAGUUAUCCUCGAAUACAUAAUAGCAAAGAAAAACGAGUACAGCAGAAACUUGAAAGACUAUGAAAAAUUGAAGAAAAAAGAAGCAAACGAUGAAGCUGCUAAAAAAGCUACUGAGUAUGAGAAGAAAGUUACGCAAUUUAUAAAAAAUGAAACCAAUAUUGCUAGCACAAAAAUUGAUGGUUUCAAAUCAGAACCAAGUACAUCGUCCAUUUCGAAUAUGGCCAAUGGAAAGGACAAAGAGCUGCCAAGCUUCUGGGUUCCCGGACAAUCGUCUCAAGCGAAAAAACCCAUCCUAGAAAAACCGGAUCCUACAAUUUAUUGCCCAGUUUCGGGCAGACCUCUAAAAGUUAAAGAUUUGAUCGACGUUAAAUUCACUCCUGUGAAUGCGGAGGGUGAUAAAAAAUCGAUUCACACUAAAGAAAAUAGGUACAUGUGCGCCGUUACUCAUGACAUAUUGAGCAAUUCGGUGCCUUGUGCUGUCUUAAGACCUACGGGAGAUGUUGUUACUUUGGAAUGUGUAGAAAAACUAAUUAAAAGAGACAUGCUUCAUCCAGUAACUGGCCAGAAGCUUAAAGAAAAGGAUAUAAUUGUUAUGCAAAGGGGUGGUACCGGUUAUGCUUUGACCAAUGAAAAAUUAGAAGCAAAAUCGGCAAGGCCUGUUUUACAAGCUUAAAUUUAAGAUUACCCAAAUUGGUUUCAAUUUUUUCCAUAUUAUAAUUAUAUUAAUAAUUAAUUACUAACUAAAUACAUAGCGUUUGAAAUAACUUGUCUGUAAUUUAAUAAUAGUUGUUGCUUCUCCUUAUGAAAAUCAAAUAAAACAAAAAUAAGGUAAAGUUAUAUAAGUUUAUUUUUCUUACAUACAACAUUAUAUGUAAUUAAAAUUAGUACAAUCUCUGGGGUGGUCCCAUGGUGGAUUUGACAUGAAGAGACCUCACAUUUUGCCAGUGCUUCUUCAACAGCGACACCAAAAAGUUGACUGAAAGAUGAACAUUUUGGACAAGUUCAUCUGGGGUCAUGUCAACAUGUCCAACAGCUACUGACAAGCAAAGUACCUUCUUCAUUUGGAACUUGAUGGUAGCUUUGACUUCAUCGAUUUUCUGAGUCAUAGAUUCCUGGUGAGAUAAAAGACCAGGGAAUUUACCAGCUUUGUUAAGACCGGGUCCCAAUAGACGGGGGAUUUGUUUGAUCAAGGCUUCAGAAGCUAAGAAAGCAUCGUAUUUCUUGGCCAAUUUUUUGACGAGUUUUUUGUUUUUGUUCAGCUUUUUCAAAGCCUCGACGUCCAUGCAGGGUACUUCAUUAGCUCUGGCUUCAUCAAUGUGCUGCUGGUCACCAAGAAUGCAUACUUGCAUUUUUGGACGAGGAAUGUGCUUUAGUCUGGAAGAAAACUAUCUCAUAAGAAAAAUACUUUGUCAAAACGAAGUUAUUAUUUAUCUUGGUAAUGUCAAAGAUUGUUUGCAAUUUUAAAGCCACAAUUACACAGAUACUGUAAAGGAGGUAGUUAUAAUUGCAGUUUUCUUUUGCAUUAAUCUUCCGUACAAAACAAAUUUGUUUUUUUCAUUGCCUUGUUGGCUUGAUUAUGCAAUUUUUAGUUUAUUUUUCAUGAUUUUUGGACUCAAAAAAUAAUGAAAAGCAAACCACUAUAAGUGGAAAUAAAUCAAGAUAAAAUUAUACAAGACUCACCACAUUUACCUCACCAUUAGAAGGAAAAACUACGAUAUUUUAUUUGGUCGAUACACUUGGAAAAAUUCCAAGUGAUAUCUCCCCAGUUAUUUUAAGACCCUGGGUGCAGGUCCGCCAGCUAGUGGCUUCCUGAGUUUAAUAGGUAAUUUAAAGUCAAAAUGGCAAAUUAUAUGGAAAUUAUUUUGAAACUCUAUAGACUUUAAAUUUCCCAUAUUCAGGUAACAUACUUGACUGUUCCGCUGAAACGUUUGUCCUUCUGGGGAUCGUAGUUUUUCAAACCAAUUUGGAUCUCCACUGUUUCUAAGAAGUUUUUCUUCUUUUCCUUGGCAUUGGUCAGAACGGCGUUGACACACUCGUAGAGUGUAUCCCUCGAUACCUUGGAG